GGCACUUCGGGCAGACUAAAACUAAUUUAAAUCUUAUAACAUGUAAACAACACAUUGUAAGCUUUACAAGGAAAUAAACAUAUGUAUUUGUAUUAAUUAAUAUUAAUAAUAUUAAUUAAUACAAAAUUUGUGUUUGUAUUCCUGUUUGUAUUCCAUCAGGAAGCAAUGCUUGAUACGAAGUAAGUUGUCAGUGGCCCUUUACAAACCCAACAAUAACAAGAAUGGCUGGGGUAUUAUUUUCCAGACAGAUGUGUCAGACCUUAGUACGUGGCAUAAAGAAUGUAUCUGUUGCCAGAAGAGGGGCUGGAGAUCCAGUGGUGCAGCGCUUACUUGAAGGACUGCGGAAAGGCCACCGAGCAAGCUUGGCCGAGUCCAUCACACUUGUGGAAACUUCCCACCCGAAAAAGAAGCUUCAAGCAAGACAACUUUUAACUGAAGUGUUACUUGAUGCCAAAAAUUUAUAUUAUUCAUAUGGGACCAAAGCCUUAAGUUUACGUUUGGGUUUGUCAGGGCCUCCUGGAGCUGGAAAAUCAACUUUCAUUGAAAAUUUUGGUAAAUUUUUAACCAGACAAGGCCAUAAAGUAGCCGUAUUAGCAGUUGAUCCAUCUUCAGCCACUACUGGAGGGUCCCUUUUGGGGGAUAAAACACGCAUGCACGAACUAUCCCGUGACAUGAAUGCAUACAUACGAGCAUCUCCUUCACAGGGUCAUUUAGGAGGGGUGACUCGUUCUACUAAUGAGGCCAUUGUAUUAUGUGAAGCAGCAGGAUUUGACAUUAUAAUUGUGGAGACAAUAGGUGUUGGUCAGAGUGAGUUUUCUGUUGCUGAUAUGGUAGAUCUCUUUGCCCUUAUUAUUCCUCCUGGUGGAGGAGAUGAAUUACAAGGACUGAAGAGAGGAAUUAUGGAGAUGAGCGAUCUCAUUGUAGUCAACAAGAGUGACGGAGAUCUUAUUCCUGCUUCUAGACGUAUGCAGUAUGAAUAUAUAUCAGCUCUCAAAUAUAUCCGCCCAAAAAAUAAGUCAUGGUCAACACAAGUAAAACGAAUAUCAUCAAUAACUGGAGAAGGAAUUCCAGAGUUGUGGCAGCUCAUGCAGAAGUACAGGGCAACCAUGGAGGAUUGCGGGGAUUUUGUGAAUCGCCGUAGGUCUCAGCGACGGGCAUGGUUAUGGACUCACCUGAAAGACAGCCUGGUUACAACAUUUAUCAGUGCUCCUGGGUUCAAGGAGAGAAUUAAAAAAAUUGAAGUUGAAGUGAUGGAUGGAGUCUACUCUCCUGGAGAUGCUGCAGAUAUAUUGCUUCAGGAACACAUUGAUGCACUCAUGAAAGAUGAAAACCUCAUGAAGUUAUGCAGUUCUAAAUAAGUCUGAUGAAAUUUCAUAAUUGAAUGCAAGUUUCAAUAAAGUUAGAAUUGCAGUACUGUUGCAUACCUACAAUAACUACAUGUUGGUCCUAGUUAAUGUACAGUACAAUACUGUAUUUGACUUAAGGAACCUGUUGAGCUGAAUAACUUGAACAGUGCAGUGUAUGUAUUUCUUGCAUAGGGAACUGUACUGGUGUAUUUCUUUAAUAUAGUAUACCACAUGAUAGAAGGGAAGUUACCUAAGGAUUGGCAGAGAGCAUUCAUAUUUCCUUUGUAUAAGGGAAAAUUAGACAAGAGAUAGUCUAAGAACUAUAGGAGAAUAAGCUUGUUUAGUAUACAGAGUAUAUUGUACAGUAGAAUUAUUAUAGAAUGAGUAUGGUUAAGGCAGAAAAUAAGAUUGCAGAGGAAUAAAGAAGAUUUAGGGUUGUGUAGCUCUAUAUUACCCUGGUAGGUUUAACGCUUUGUUUUGAUUAUAAUAAUACAUCUAAUAGGGUUGUGCAAACCAAGUACAGUAGGGCCCCACUUAUAUGGCAGGUUAGGUUUCAGGCUACCACCAUAAAGCGGAAAUCACAGUAAAGCAGAACGCCAUUUUUCCAUUUAUAAAUGCACAUAAAUGCCAGAUAAAAAGUUCACACUAACAUAUAUUAAGUUAGCAAUAGAACUAGGCAUUAAAAACAGAAAGUAAAAUACACACACAGUACACUCAUUACUUACCUUAAAAUAUUUGUAGUUUUAAUGUAGGAUGAAAGGUGAGUAGUAUUUAUUAUUGAAAGUCAGGUGUGGUAGCCUGGCUACCACACCUACACCAAAUAAACAAAUUUAAAGCACCUCAGAGCAAUUAUGAUAUUUAUCAUUAUUAUUAUUAUCAUCAUCAUCAUAUUAUUAUCAUAUUAUUAUUACCAUCGACACACCUUGUUCACUGAGUUUAAUCAUUUCUAACAACUACCCUUAGUUACCAAUGGAAAUAAGUCACUUUUACUUUUUUGGGUUAUCCUAGGUAAUCUACACAUACGCUCCUAUGUAUGAAAAUUUAGGUAACUGUACUUUUGUGUACCUGUACCUAAAUAAAUUUACUAACACAGGGGUCAUGCAACUGGAAGUAAUCACUGGUUCAUAAUAAACAUGUAUUAAUACCUGUCCAGUUUUGGUUCAAACACGUGCAGUGGCUUGAGUUUGCGAAGUAUUUACCCCACAAUACAAUCACACUUAAAUUGUGCACAAGCUGUCUUCACGUUAGUGCAAUAGAAUAAAUAAAUAGCUACCAAUGAAGACAUACAAAAGGAAUAAUUUUCUACAGUACCUCCAGUAAUAUCAUUGUGUACACAUUUUUUCUGGUGUUGGACUAGAGAAAACAUAAUUCUUGCCAUCACUCUGACAAGCUGCCUGGCUACCACAUCUCAUAUUUAUGUUGAAUUAUUCUACUGUGGUUGUAUGUAUUAUGUAUACAUAUAUGUUAUGUAGCAUGUUUCUUAUAUAGUUAUGAAAAAAUAUCAUAGAUGGAUUAAUGUUCUCGAGUAGGGAAAUUAGAUGUAACAAAAAUGAUCCCAAAUGGAUAAACAUUAGAUUAAAACAUCUCAUUGGUCAAAAAGAGAGGCAUAUAUAGGCAUAUCAAAAGGGGGAGGGCAGUCAAGAAAUCACUAUAUUUAAUUAAAGAGAGAAAUAAAAAAGGAAUAAGAAAAGCAAAAAGGGAUUAUGAGGCUAAAGUCGUAAGGGAUUCGAAGACUAACCCAAAAGGGUUCUUUCAGGUAUAGAGAAGUAAGAUUAGGGACAAGAUAGGCCCACUUAAGAGUAACUCAGGUCAGAUCACUGACAGUGAUAAGGAAAUGUGUGAACUUUUCAAUACCUACUUCCUCUCAGUUUUACUCAGGAAGAUACUAACAAAAUUCCAGAAAUAAUAAAUUAUGUAGAACAGGACAAUAAAACUAUGCACAAUUUGGGUAAUUAGUAACAUGGUCCUCAGACAAAUAGAGAAAUUAAAACGUAACAAAUCCCCAGGCCAUAAUGAACAGUUUGCAAGGGUUUUAAAGGAAUGUAAAGAGGAACUUAGCAUACCUUUGGCUAAUGUUUUCAAUACAGUAGACCGUCAUUUAACCCUUUGACUGUCGCAGGCCCCUUUCUGAAACUGUCAUUUUAUGUCAAUAAACUUUUAGAAAAAAAAAAAAUUCUUAUGAAAUGAUAGAGAAUCUUUUCCCGAUGGUAUUGACACCAAAAGUACGAAAUUUGGUUGAAAACUCAUGGAAUUACGCUCCCGCGAAAUUAGUCUCGGCGACAUAUAUGCAUCGGCGAUUUCCCCGACUUUGAGCCCUGUUUUUGGCCAAUUCCAUUGUUCCAGUUGACCAAACUCAUAGCUAUUUCUUUAGAACUCCAUUUUUUCUAUCUGUUGAGUACAAGAAACCUCCCAUUUACCGAUUUGAGCUACCCAAUAAAGUGGUCAGAAAUUGGCAAUUUCGCAAAUUUCAUGCAAAUUAAAAAAGAUGCCAAUUUCAAAAUAGGGUCCAGAAUAAACAAUGUAGACAUUCUUGGCACUAAAAUAACAUAUCCUCUGUUCAUUAUUCACAUCUCUAGGCCCCUCUUAUAUUACUAUUGCUUUCUAUUUUGAGUUUUUAUUCAUACAAAAAAUACAAAAUUUACUGUUAUGCAGACUACUGCAUUAUUGUGAAAAUGGUAUAAAUAAUAUCAGUGCACUAGUGAAAGAAUAUUAGACUCCCCAGUUGAAGUGUAUUGGACGUGUGGUGUGAUUUGCUUACUCCUGAACAUUGGUAAAAAUCGAACAUUUCCACUACUUUGAGCUCAAUUUCAAGGUCGUUUUCAUCGUGAAAGUAAUCAAAAUCAUCUCUAUUUCUGUAAUAUGUUUUCCAUUUUAUCACCUGAGACCAUGAAAACGAGAAUACAACGAUAAAUACUAUACGGCGUUUUAAUCCAAAAAAACGGUCAGUUUUUUUUUUUCUCAUUACGCACUGUGUGCUGCAGGAUUUUUUUUAUGUGGUGCACACUGACCACACAGACCCAUUCUCUCACAUGUGGGCCUACCAGCUUUCUUCCGCUUGAUUUGAAGUCGCUAGAAUUUACGCGUAUAAAUACGUCAGAAACAGUGGUGCAUAAGAUGUAUAUAUACGACCAAAACAGCCAAAGGGUUAACACAGUACACCUACCAUCCGACUUACGACUGAGUUCGGUUCCGAGAAACCGGUCGUAAGUCGAAAUGGUCGUAAGUCGAACUUUACUACUGAAUAUCAACAAAACAUUUUUGUAAUGGCUUUAUUUUAUUGUUUUAUUUUGGUAUUUCAUGUUUACUUUACUUUUUAUGCUGUUAGUACUGUAUUUUAUACUGUAAGGUUUAGGAUGAACACUUUGUACAACACAAAUAGUUGUUUAUUUCCCAGAAAUUUUGCAUAAAAAACACGGUCGUAAGUCGAGCGGUCGUAAGUCGAGCAGGUCGUAAGUCGGAUGGUAGGUGUACUUACGUUCCUGAAAAAGCUGUGCUAGGUAAAAUCACUUCAGAUGAACUGAAGAACUCAUGGGAAAAAUAGGAUUACAUUCCUGAGAGCCUCCAAAAAGCCAAACGACUUUUUUUUUUAGACCAACAGAUCUUACAAAAAUAAAAGUGAAUAUGUAAUUGUAGUUCAUUAUUGUAAUAUAUUACUGCUUAAGGCUAGAAAUGCAAUAGAAAUAAUAGUAUUUCUUACUUUAAAUUGUGGGUAAUGGUGUUUGUGGAUGAUUGUGAAGAGAGUGGAUAUGCAUGGUGUGGCCCUUCUGGGCUGAGGUGGAUGGUUGUUGGUUGUUGCCAGAAGUGGAUGGUUGAGGUUCUGGUACUGAAGUCGAUGGUUGUAUUGGAGUGUGCAUAAAUUCUGUAAUGGAUCUCUGGACUCUUUUACCCUGCAGUACAUUAUACAGCUGAAGGUAAGGCAUCGUCAGCUGGUCUAGACCCUGUUUCAAAACACUACUUCUAGAUUUGUCAGGGUCUUCUUCAGUGAAAAAGUCUGCAACUUUACCAAUAAUAUGGAACUGCUCACGUAACUGCUGCAAGAUUAACUGUUUUACUUCAGGUUCUUCUUAAUCUUAUGUUAUCUUCCUCCCUUGUAUCUGUGCAUGAAGCUCUGCCAACAUUUCCUCUGGACUCCUGUCUUCAUCAUCAUUAUCCUCUAAGAGCGCAUUCAGAUCUUCAUUCAUAUCUUCAAAACCAUCACCUGGUAAUCUCCUUGCCAGCUGAACAAUUUCCUGAACCUGACUCUCAAGCAAGGAAAAACCAGUGAAAGAAUUAACUACAGAAGGCCAUCACUUUCCCCAGCCUGCAUUUAAUGUUGAUUGGGGCACUUCAUUACAUGCACUUCUAGCAUAGCUGAUAGCAUCUGCAAUGUUAAAUUUAUUCCAGAAGCUUGGUACUGUCAAGCUGGAGUCAGAAUCCAUUGAUGCAACUAGUUUUUUCGUAACUUUUUUAUGUAGUUACGCUUGAAUGACUUAAUAACUUCCCAGUCCAGUGGUUGAAUUAGAGAUAUUCCAUUUGGAGGUAAAAAUACAACUUUUACAUGUGGGGUCACAUCCAGCAAAGCUUGUGGAUGAGUAUGGGAAUUAUCAAGAAUGAAGAGAGCCUUGAAUGCAAGGUUCUUGCUGUGCAGGUAAAAACAUAGCUUCAGGAAUAAAAUGAUGCUUAAACCAGUCAAUAAAUAUUUCCUUUGUCAUCCAGGCUGACUGGUUUGACCUCCAAAUUACUGGUAAGGUGUUUUUAUAUACACCUUUCAAAGCACAAGGAUUCUUAGAGUGGUAAAUAAUCAUGGGCUUACACUUGAAAUCACCUGAUGCAUUACCGCAAAGGAGCAAGGUGAAGUGAUCCUUUGCUGCCUUGAAGCCCAGUGCACUUUUCUCUUGCUGACUGAUAUAAGUUCGUGUUGGCAUUUUCUUCCAAAAAACACUUGUCUUUAUCAGCAUUAAACACUUGAUGUAGCUCAUAGCCACCCUUAGAAAUAAUUUCCUGCAAUUCAGCAGGGAAAUUACUUGCUGUAUGAUCAGCUGAAGCAUUUUCACCAGAAAACUUAAUACUACAGCAUUAUGAAACUUGUGCAACUUAAAGUUUUGGAACCAACCUGUGCUAAACAUACACUCAUUUUCAGACCUUCCUUCCUUAUCACACACUGCUUUAAACAAAUGUAAGACCUUUUCCUUAAUUAGGUUGAAAUUAAAUGGUGUGCCUUUCUUUGUCUUUUGUUCGAUCCACUCAAGCAACAAGUUUUCUGUUUUAUUUACUUGUUGUGAUCUACGUGUCAUUCUUUUCAUGAGAUGACAUCUUGGAUUAUUUAUUACACUACCUCAUGUAUUCACCUUGUUCUUACUAAUUGUAUGAACUGACGCUUCAUUAAGGCCAUAGGCCCUCACUAUAUCCUCCACAUGUGAGCCACUCUUAAGCUUAUCUAAUAUCUCGAUUUUCUUCGUAAUUCCUAGACUUAACACGCUUCAACCUUUUCUUGCUACUUUCAGCAACACUCGUAUGCCUACUAGGUGCCACGAUUGCUUAGCAGAUUUAAGAUAUGGCAAUUAAAAUAAGUAUCUAAACAAACACAGCUAGCUCCCAGAAGAUCGUGUGGGUGGCCCAGGGUGGCGGGGUUGGUGGCAGGCCUCCCCCAUUGACUCAAUGGUGUAGCUCACAGCCAAUCCCGUGGGUAACAGCUAUACCCGAAUCGUGCCAAAUAAACUCGUGCUAAAUGACGGUCUGCUGUAUAUCACUACAAACUGGCAUAUUGCCAGACAAGUGGAAAUUGGCAAAUGUAAUAAGUACCUAUUUACAAGGCAGGUGACAGGUCCUUAGCUUCGAACUAUAGACCAAUAAGCCUUACCUCCAUAGUUGGUAAAUUUAUGGAAUCAAUAAUUGCCAAAGCAAUUCAUAGCCAUCUUGAAAAGCAUAAAUUGAUUAAGGAAUCUCAGCACGGCUUUACAAAGGGGUAUUCCUGUCUUACAAAUUUACUAACUUUUUUCACUAUGGUACGUAUUUGAGGAGGUAGAUCAUGGUAUUGAAUAUGAUAUUGUGUAUAUGGACUUCAGUAAGGCUUUUGAUAGAGUUCCACAUCAGAGGCUGUUGAGAAAACUUAAGGCACAUGGAAUAGGAGGAGAAAUUUUUUCCUGGGUAGAGGCAUGGUUGACAUACAGGCAGCAGAGAGUUUGCAUAAAUGGGGAGAAAUCAGAAUGGGGGCAUGUCACAAGCGGUGUUCCGCAGGGGUCAGUGUUGAGCCCCUUGUUGUUCACAAUCUACAUAAACAACAUAGAUGAGGGAAUAAAUAGUGACUUAAGCAAAUUUGCUGAUGACACCAAAAUAGGCCGUCCAUUUCAUUCUUAUGAGGACAUUAGAGCACUCCAGUGAUCGGAGAAGUGGCAGAUGCAGUUUAAUGGAAACAAAUGCAAAGUUCUAAAUGUUGGACAGGAAAAUAACCAUGCCACAUAUAAACUAAAUAAUGUACAUCUUAAUAUUACGGAUUGCAAAAAGGAUUUAGGAGUUCUGGUUAGCAGUAAUUUAGAUUUAGAGUUAGGUUUUUUAUUUUGACAAAUUACAUGGUUGUACAGAGGAAUAUAAUAGUUGGGUGUACAUGCCAAAAGCCCUUCUGUAUGCUGAGCAUUUUGAGCAAACUUAAAGAUUAACUUAAGAAUAGUAAGGCAAUACAUAAGUCAUACGGUCAUUAGACGAGUUGGAGUGAUUACAGGAGAAUUGAAUAUUAUAUCAGGUGAAAGAAAUCGGACCAUAAAUAACGGAGGUCACUUCUCAGCCAUUAGCUGCCCCUUAGUGGUAUAUUUUUGUAUUGUUUUUAUCGUUGUACAGUGGACCCUCAGUUAUUGGCCGUAAUCCAUUCCAGAAGGUCGGACUAAAACUGAAAUGGCCGAAAACUGAAAUAUUUCCCAUAAGAAUUAAGGUAAAUACAAUUAAUCCAUUCCAGACACCCAAAAAUAUUAACAAAAAAUACAUUUUUUAAAGAUUAACUAUAGUUUUACAUACCCAAAACAAUGAGAACUAAAUAAAAUGACUAAUGAAAUGGAUAAAUGAACAUUUAAAUCACUUUUACCUUUAUUGAAGAGUCUUGUUGGCAUAUGCAAAAUGGCGAGGAAUGGAGAGGGAGGCGAGUUUAUUGUUUGGAGACAGGACAGAAUGCUUAAAUAUGACGCUAUUAUCAACUCAACGGCUUAUUUAUCUAUCACAAUUCAUCUGAUAUGACAUAAUAAACAAUAUUAAUAACAAAGAAAUGUGAUACAGUGGAACCUCUGCUUACGAAUUUAAUCUGUUCUGUGACCUUGUUCGUAUCCUGAUUCGUUUGUAUGCUGGGUUAAUUUUCCUCAUUUAAAUUAAUUGAAAUGCCUUUAAUUCAUUCCAGGGGAAUUCCUGCUGUCAGGAGGCAUGACAAAGGAGUACUUCAAUAUGACACUAAUAUCAGCUCUACGGCUUAUUUAUUUAUCACAAUUCAUCUAAUAUGACAUAAUACAUGUAAACAAUAUAAAUAACAUAAAAACCUGAUAUACACUCUAGAGUGAAUAAAAUACAGUGGAUCCCCGGUUUACGAUAUUUUUUCAUUCCAGAAGUAUGUUCAAUUGCCAGUACUGACCGAAUUUGUUUCCCUAAGGAAUAUUGUGAAUUAGAUUAGUCCAUUUCAGACCCCCAAACAUACACGUACAAACGCACUUACAUAAAUACACUUACAUAAUUGGUCGCAUUGGGAGGUGAUCGUAAACCAGGGGUCCACUGUAUGUAUGGUGGCGGGGGAGGAUGAUGGUUGCGGGCAUUCACACUCAAGCUAUGAAAACAUCUUCCCAUUCUUUCCUCCUUCAGACAUGUUAGUAUAAGAGAAAAUGGAGUUGGUGAGGCUAACUGCAUUAGAUCACUUCUUUCAUAAGAAAACUAUAAUGUAGAAAUGAACUGGUGUACGUACACCAUUUACAUACCUUGCAAAAUAUCGACUUGGAUGACAGCCAAUAAACUUACGCUUGAAGAUUGAGACACUUAUGCAGCAUAUGGGAAUCUUUAUUCAGGAAACGUUUCGCCACACAGUGGCUUCAUCAGUCCAAUACAAAGAGGAAGGCGUAAGGAGAGGAGGAGAAUGAGGUAAUCAGUCCCUCAACCUGGAGUCGAUGUGUUCAGUCCAUCAAUCUUGUAGAAUGUACAGCAUAGGGCCGUAGACGUGGCUUAUAUACUGUAGUGAGGUGACGUGAAGCAGAUGGAGGCGGGGUCAUAGUGGUACCAUCCACUAGUCGAAGUAGGUCUUCGUCCAAAGGUUGAACAAGUGUUGAAGAAUUCUUUGUAACAAGACCCCAUGAUGCUGCCGUGUCUGACAGUUGUGAUGAAUGGUUUGAAAAACCGUCGGUUUUUCAAACCAUUCAUCACAAACUUACGCUUAACACUGACAAAGCCUACUACAUUAUGUUUGGUAGCAGAGCAGGAGAUGCGCAAAUUAACAUUAAGAUUGACAACACUCUAAUUGCCAGGCAUAAUGAGGGCAAAUUCCUAGGCCUAUACCUCGACAACAACCUGAACUUCAGUGCCCAUAUCCAACACAUAACCAAAAAAGUAUCCAAAACAGUUGGGAUCCUCUCCAAGAUACGAUACUACGUGCCGCAAACUGCCCUUCUCACACUAUACCAUUCACUUAUAUAUCCAUACCUCACCUAUGCUAUCUGUGCUUGGGGUUCAACUGCAGCAACACACCUAAAGCCAAUGAUAACCCAACAAAAAGCCGCAGUAAGAAUAAUCACUAAAUCCCAUCCCUGGCAACACACCCCCCACUCUUCAUAGAUCUAAACUUACUCCCUGUUCAGUACAUCCACACUUACUACUGUGCAAUCUACAUCUACAGGACCUUAAAUUCCAAUAUUAACCUUGACCUAAAACGCUUUCUUGAUAGUUGCGACAGAACCCACAGGCACAACACCAGACACAAACAUCUCUAUGACAUUCCCCGUGUCAGACUAAACCUUUACAAAAAUUCAAUGUAUGUCAAAGGCCCUAAAAUCUGGAACACCCUACCUGAAAAUUCUAAAACUGCAGACACAUUCAUCACCUUCAAAACUACCAUCAGAAAACAUCUUAUCUCCCUGAUACACCCUGUCAACUAAUUACACGAAUACCACCUGGUGGUUAACACUUACACUCACUCACCCAUUUGACCAUAAACAGAAAUAUCAAUCUCAAUCUCAAAAUAAUGAAUCUUAACUAGUCAUAAGUUGGCCUGUGAUACUCCAAUACUGAAACUAUGUAUAGUGCCAAAACAAAAGCAUUCACAUUGCUAAACUCACAAACUAGUAUUUAGUCACUUAGCCAUAAUACCAACUUACCUCAUAAUUUUGUAAUAUUUUAAACUUAAGAUUUAAUUUAAGUCUGCCCGAAAUGCUUAGCCAUGCUAGGUGUUCUAGUGGUACAUUCUGUAAUUAUUAUUUUACUACAUGUAAACCACACAAUAACCAAAUUCUGUAAACUCAGCAUUGUAAUCCUUAUAGAGAAUAAACUUUGAAUUGAGGAUAAGCAGAGCGGCGUAUGCUGUCAGGAGUUUAUUUCGUUUUGUCCUUUUUCUAUCGCUUAAUUGCUACACUCUUAAUGCUACACUUUGUCACUGAACUUAACUGCUUUAAACUCCACAUCUUGUGCCUGUGCUGGCAUGCAGGUACACAUUAACCCUUUGGGGGUUGCCAGGCCCUCUCAGAGACUUGUUCUCAGGGUCGCCAAAAUUUCCAAAAAAAAAAAAAAAUGAUUUUUUCUUGUGAAAACAUAGAGAAUCUUUUCCCGAUCAUAAUGACACCAAAAGUAUGAAAUUUGAUGGAAAACUUACGGAAUUAUGCUCUCCCGAAGUUAGCGGUCUCGAUGAUGUUUACGCAUCGGUGAUUUUUGCCCACUUUGAGCCCUAUUUUCGGCCAAUUCCAGUGUACUAGUUGACAAAAAUCAUAGCUAUUUUACUAGAAUUCCGUUUUUUCUAUCGAAUGAGUACAAGAAAUCACCCAUUUACCAAUUUCAACUAUCCAAUAAAGUGGUCAGAAUUUAGCAAUUUUGCCAAUUUCACACAAAUUUCAAAAGAUGCCAAUUUCCAAAUAGGGUCCAGAAUAAACAAGAAAGACAUUCCUGGCACUAAAAUAACAUUUCCUCUGUUCAUUAGUCACGUCCCCAGGCCCCUCUUACAUUUCUUUUGCUUUCCACUUUGAUUUUUUAUUCUCACAAAAAAAAUAAGAUUUACUGUUAUGCAGACUACUGCAUUAGUGUAGAAAUGGUAUAAAUAAUAUCGGCGCACUUGUGAAAGAAUAUUAGACCCACCAGUUGACGUGUAUUGGACGCUUAGCAUAAUUUGUUUACUUUUGAACUUUAGUAAAAAUCGAACAUUUCUGCUACUUUGAGCUCAAUUUCAAUGUACUUUUCAUUGUAAAACCAGUCAAAAUCAUCUCAAUUUCUAUAAUAUCUCUUCCAUUCUAUAAAAUGAGGCCAAGAAAACUAGAAUACAUCAAUAAAUACCAUACGAAAAUACAGUGCAAAGUUGCUGUUUUAGUCCAAAAACACGGUCAAAGUUUUUUUUUUCUCAUUAUACUGCGCACACUGACCACAUAGACCCAUUCUUUCAUAUGUAGGCCUACCAUCUUUCUCUUGCUAGAUUUGAGGGCGCUAGAAUUUAUGCGCACUAGUACGUCAAAAACCCUGGUGCAUAAGCCGUACUAGUACGGCCAAAACCCCCAAAGGGUUAAAAUCACUAAGAGUGUGUUAUUAGUCCUGAAGACGUCAUAUUAAUAAUGAUAAUAACAACACAAUAAUAAUCACUCUGAGGCACAUUAAAUGUGUAUAAAACAUUAAUACAUAUAGACAUUUUGCUUAUUCCAUCUAUGAUAUGUUUUUCAAAAUUAUAUAAUAAAUACACCAUGAAACAUAUAAAUUAACAUAAAUAUGAGAUGUUUUUCCAGUCGACUUGAUGGAGUGAACAAAAACCAUUCGUAUCCAGGCUGGUAACAACAACAACAACUGGUUUGUUUAUAAAACUCUUGAACCUUUUACACUCUCAUUAUCUCUCUCGUUUAUUCAUUUAAUCUUGUUUACUCACCUCUCACUCUUGAUUAAGACUACAGAUAUUUUAAGGUAAGUAAUGAGUGAACACUAUUAUUAUUAUAUUAUAUUUUAAUAUUAUUAUUAGCAUUAUUAAUAUUAGUACAUAUGUAUUAUUGUAAGAAUAAUAAAAAUAAUUAUUAUUAAUCUUUCUUUCAACACACCAGCCGUAUCCCACCGAGGCGGGGUGGCUCAAAAGGAAAAACGAAAGUUUCUCCUUUUACAUUUAGUAAUAUAGACAGGAAAGAGGUUACUAGCCCCUUGCUCCCAGCAUUUUAGUCGCCUCUUACAACACGCAUGGCUUACGGAGGAAGAAUUCUGUUCCACUUCCGCAUGGCGGUAAGAGGAAAUAAACAAGAACAAGAACUAGAAAGAAAAUAGAAGAAAACCCAGAGGGGUGUUUAUGUAUAUGUUUGUACAUGUAUGUGUAGUGUGACCUAAGUGUAAGUAGAAGUAGCAAGACGUACCUGAAAUCUUGCAUGUGUAUGAGACAGAAUAAAAAGACACCAGCAAUCCUACCAUCAUGUAAAACAAUUACAGGCUUCCGUUUUACACUCACUUGGCAGGACGGUAGUACCUCCCUGGGCGGUUGCUGUCUACCGACCUACUACCUAGAAUUAUUAUUAAUAUUAUUAUUAAUUUAGGGAACUUGAGCACAGAUCCAAUUUCAAAUUCUCUAGAUCAAGAGCCACUGUGGGGAUUUCACAUCCUGAAAUUUCAUUCAUAUCCAGAUGCGAAAAAUUGACCAAAUGACUGUUCGUAUCCUGGAAAAUUUGCAUGGUGGGGCUUUUGUAAGCCAAGGUUCCACAGUAUAUAAUCUAGAAUGGCUAAAAUAUGUCAUUACAUAGUGGUGGUGGUGUUUUUGUUAUUGGGUUUGUAAGGACCACUGACAACAUAAGCCAUACAUAUAGUGGUGGUGGUAGUGGCAGCAGAGGCCACCACCACUAUUCACACUGAAACAAUGUACGUAUUUUAUAAAUAAGAAAUAUUUACACUUUAAUUUAUAAAUAAAAAAUAUUUACACUUGGAGGAGAUGCUGGCAUUGGUUUAGGGUGGUGGAAGAUAUGCAGGGCAGUGUAUAUUGUCAGUGGCCCUAUAUACCUCCCACAACAUUGGAAGAGUCAGUUUUGUGUCGUCCUUUUUCUAUCGCUUGAUCACUUAACUUACUUGCUAUACUGUUACUGUUACACUUUAUCAUUGGCUGGUGCUAUAGCCUUUAUCGACUCUUGCUGCUUUAGUAUCGUACAUAUCGUAGAAUCACUGAAUCACUGAAGAAGGCACAUUCUCCCCUCUCUCUUCCUCCUUCACUUUUGUACUUUGCUAGUUCUUUCUUGAAUUCUAUCAUGUUUUUCACUUUCUUUACCAAAGGGCUGGCACUAGGAACUUUCUUUGGGCCCAUGGUGGCUUAUUUCGCAGUUGCACUCGAUCAAUAACCACAAAAAACAAUGGAUUAUAGCAAAAUGUUUGGAUGAAUGCACGGAAUCUUCCUCACCCAGACUGAUUCACAAACACGACAGAGCGGCGGGUGGAUGCGUUCAAUAUGGCUGAUCUCAGAAAUAAUGGCCAAUAACCGGGAUAGAAUUUUUGCCAAAAAAGUAAGCGAAAACCGAAUUGGCCGAUAUCCAGAACGGUUGAUUACCAAGGGUCCACUGUAUUCUCGUUUUUUUGGUCUCAUUUGAGAGAAUGGAAGAUUUUUUUUUUUUAUUAUUAUCACACUGGCCGAUUCCCACCAAGGCAGGGUGGCCCGAAAAAGAAAAACUUUCACCAUCAUUCACUCCAUCACUGUCUUGCUAGAAGGGUGCUUUACACUACAGUUUUUAAACUGCAACAUUAACACCCCUCCUUCAGAGUGCAGGCACUGUACUUCCCAUCUCCAGGACUCAAGUCCGGCCUGCCGGUUUCCCUGAACCCCUUCAUAAAUGUUACUUUGCUCACACGCCAACAGCACAUCAAGUAUUAAAAACCAUUUGUCUCCAUUCACUCCUAUCAAACACGCUCACGCAUACCUGCUGGAAGUCCAAGCCCCUCGCACACAAAACCUCCU